UCCCCACCGCUUGGCGGCGGUGGGGCUCUUUCGUCACUUCCACACUUCCUGUCACCACUGCAGCGUGUUUCACUGGUUAGCUGACAAACUUUCGCCGUUUUUCAGCUCUGGUUGGUUUUCAUCUGUGUCGACCUCUUAGGUGUUUGUUUUCAGACAUGAAGCUGCUCACGCACAACAUGUUGACGUCCCACGUGAAGGGAGUCACCAAAGGAUAUCCGCUGCUCAUCAAGGCGACUGAAGUCAAAGUGAACGAGGUGGACUUCAAUCCUCAGUUUGUCAGUCGCAUGAUCCCCAAGCUGGAGUGGAGUGCUCUGAUCCAGGCUGCAGACGAGCUCGGCCAGAGACAGGACCUGCCAGGAGAGCUGGUGCCCGAGUACGAGAAGAACGAAGACUUUCUGAAGAAAGUGCACCGAGUGCUGUUAGAGGUGGAGGUGAUCGAGGGCUGCCUGCAGUGCCCCGAGUCGGGACGCGAGUUCCCCAUCUCCAAAGGAAUCCCCAACAUGCUGCUGAACGAGGACGAGUCGUAGAGAACGUCCCAUUUCACCACCUGACUGUGGACCGAGCGAGAGGCUGGACUCUGAUCUGACUGGAUGUCACGAGAAAACAGGCCGCACCGUCUGGUCUGAUCUGUUCUCUCACCUCAGCGGCUGACGCUGCCCGCCGGCGGACGGGGCAGAUUUGAAGAGUAACCGAUGAAAACGUUCCCCGAGUGUGACCUCCCGUGGUUUUAUCUGUAUUUAUUUUUGUAACCGUUGCAAGCUCUUUCUUUUUAUUUUUCAAUAAAACUGUCUAGAUUUUGGUAACAGCCAAAA